AUGCCAGACUUCAAUUUCAAUCCGGAUACGGAUAUCCCCGAUCUUUCGGGCAAGACAAUAUUCAUUACCGGAGGAACAAACGGCCUAGGCGCCCAGUCCGCAAUCCAUCUAUCCAAACACAAUCCAGCCCACAUCUACAUCAGCGGCCGAAAUGCACAAAGCGCCGAGAAAGUCAUCUCUCAGAUCCGCGACAGCGGCUCACAGACAGAAGUCACAUUCGUCGAGUCUGAUCUCGCAUCCCUCGAGUCAGUAAAAGCAGCAGCUGAAAAAUUUACAUCGCAAACAACCCGCCUCGAUAUCCUGAUUUGCAACGCCGGUAUCAUGGCACAACCACCCGGCCUCACGAAAGACGGCUACGAGGUGCAGUUCGGAACAAACCAUCUCGGUCACGCACUCCUCAUCAAGAAGUUACUCCCGCUACUCGAAAGCACAUCGAAUGAAGGCGGAGAUGCGCGUAUUAUCAUACUCACAUCCCAGGGCCUUCUUCUCCAUCCCAGCGGUGGUAUCGUUUUUAGCGACCUGAAAACGGUACAAGAUUGUAUGUUCCUUGGCGCCUGGCGUCGGUAUGGGCAGAGUAAACUUGCGAAUCUGCUGUACGCGCGUGAGCUAGCGCGCAGGUACCCGGGUAUAUUGUCUGUGCCUGUGCAUCCGGGUGUGGUUGCGACUGAUCUCGUAGCGAAUCAGGGUUUUCUUGAUAAGGCGGUCAUAUAUGGCACCAAUGCGGGGAGACUUUUGAAGCCGGAGGAGGGUGCUUAUAACCAGUGCUGGGCAGCAACUGUUGCGCGGGCGGGUAUCACGAAUGGGGCUUAUCAUGAACCAGUUGGAAAGGAAAAGGAGAGUCGCUUGGAUAAGACUGCGAAGGAUGAUUCAUUGGCGGGUCGGUUGUGGGAUUGGACUGAGGAGGCGCUCAAGGCGUAUUGA